AGCACUGCAGUUUCUGUAUUUCAGCUCUUCUUUCUGCGCCAGUCUGACUGUAUUAUUACCGCGCGUGGAUCUCGGUAGUUCCCGGUGAAGCGCGAGCGUGUCAAUGCUGCUCUGACGGGACCGCGGGAGCUGCAGCCGCACAUACGGCGAUGGAGAAGCUGCGGGAUCUUCCUCCGGCGGAGCAGAGCUCCAGUGAGCGCAGCAGCUCGCCGAGUCCCGGAGACACGCUCCCCUGGAACCUCCCCAAACACCAGCGGGUCAAGCGCUCCAAAUCCGCCUCCGGAGAGGUGCUGGACCCGGCCGAGAGGGCCGUCAUCCGCAUCGCAGAUGAACGGGACAAAGUGCAGAAGAAGACUUUCACUAAAUGGGUGAACAAACACUUAAUAAAGACUCAGCGUCAUGUGAAUGACCUGUAUGAAGAUCUCAGAGAUGGACAUAACCUGAUCUCCCUUCUGGAGGUCCUCUCCGGAGAGACGCUGCCUCGUGAGAGAGGACGCAUGCGAUUCCACAAACUGCAGAAUGUGCAGAUAGCACUGGAUUUCCUCAGACACCGGCAGGUCAAGCUGGUGAAUAUCAGGAAUGAUGACAUUGCAGACGGAAACCCAAAGCUGACGCUGGGUCUCAUAUGGACCAUCAUCCUGCACUUCCAGAUUUCAGAUAUCCAGGUGAACGGUCAGUCAGAUGAUAUGUCAGCGAAGGAGAAGCUGCUCCUCUGGUCUCAGCGUAUGUUGGAUGGUUACUCUGGUAUCCGCUGCGAUAACUUCACCACUAGCUGGAGGGACGGAAAGGUCUUCAACGCUGUUAUACACAAACACAAGCCCAGGCUUAUUGACAUGGGGAAGGUGUACCGCCAAUCCAACCUGGAGAACCUGGAACAGGCCUUUUCAGUGGCAGAGCGAGAGCUUGGGGUCACACGACUGCUUGACCCAGAGGAUGUGGAUGUGCCUCAUCCUGAUGAGAAGUCCAUCAUCACCUAUGUGUCCUCCCUUUACGACGCUAUGCCCCGCAUCCCAGAUGUCCAGGACGGCGCCAAAGCCAACGAGCUGGAGCUGCGCUGGCUGGAGUAUUACGAGCUGGUCACCAUUCUUCUCCAGUGGAUCAGACAUCACAUUCUCAUCUUCGAGGAGAGGAAGUUUCCCAGCAGCUACGAGGAGGUCGAGCUUCUGUGGCGUCAGUUUCUGAAAUUUAAAGAAACAGAGCUUCCCUCCAAAGAAUCAGACAAGAGCCGCUCCAAACACCUCUACCAGUCCUUUGAGAGCGCGGUUCACGCUGGACAGGUCAAGGUUCCUCCUGGUUAUCAUCCCAUUGACGUUGAGAAGGAAUGGGGGCGUCUACAUGUGGCUAUUCUGGAGAGGGAGAGACUGCUCCGGAUAGAGUUUGAGAGAUUAGAGCGUCUCCAGCAGAUCGUCAGUAAAGUGCAGAUGGAAUCAGGCAUGUGUGAGGAACAGCUCAACCAGACUGAGUCUCUACUGCAGACGGAUAUCCGUCUCCUGAGUGCCGGGAAACCAGCGCAGCACACGGUUGAGGUGGAGAGGGAUCUGGACAAAGCCGAUGGCAUGAUCCGGCUCCUCUUUAAUGACGUUCAGCUGCUCAAAGACGGGCGCCACCUGCAGGCGGAGCAGAUGUAUCGCAGGGUCUACCGCUUACACGAGCGCUUGGUGAACUUGCGCAGCGACUACAAUCUGAGGCUCAAGUCCAGCGUCACGGCCUCUCAUGUCUCCAUCACACACAUUUCCCAGAAGCCCGUGCAGCGCGCGCGGCCCGAGCUCGACGAGGUCACCCUGCGUUACGCGCAGGAUCUGUUAGCGUGGGUGGAGGAGAACCAGCGCAGGAUCGAUACGGCCGAGUGGGGCAUCGAUCUUCCCUCGGUGGAGUCUCAGCUGGGCAGCCACAGAGGACUUCACCAAACCAUCGAGGACUUCAGGGCUAAGAUCGAGCGCGCACGAACAGAUGAGAGCCAGCUCUCGCCCAUCAGUAAAGGCACAUACAGAGAAUAUCUGGGCAAACUGGAUCUGCAGUACACCCGACUGCUGAACUCCUCCAAGUCCCGUCUGAGAAAUCUUGACCAGCUGUAUAACUUCGUCAACGCCGCCACCAAGGAACUGAUGUGGCUUAAUGACAAAGAGGAAGAGGAGGUCAACUACGACUGGAGUGAGCGCAACACCAACAUGGCUGCAAAGAAAGAGAACUACUCCGGACUCAUGCGAGAACUGGAACUUAGAGAGAAGAAAAUCAAUGACAUCCAGGCCACUGGAGACAGACUCAUUAAAGACGGACAUCCAGGCAAGAAGACUGUUGAGGCGUUCACCGCAGCUCUGCAGACGCAGUGGAGCUGGAUCCUCCAGGUGUGCUGUUGCAUUGAAACUCAUCUCAAAGAAAACACUGCAUACUUCCAGUUCUUUGCUGAUGUGAGAGAUGCUGAGGAGAGGAUGAAGAAGAUGCAGGAGACCAUGAAGAAGAAGUACAUGUGUGACCGCAGCACCACUGCCACUCGCCUGGAGGAUUUACUGCAGGACGCUGUUGAGGAAAGAGAGCAGCUGAACGAGUUCAAGUCAGACAUCGCCAGCCUGAACAAGAGAGCCAAGUCCAUCGUCCAGCUGAAGCCACGCAACCCCACCACCCCCUUCAGAGGCAAGCUGCCCAUCCAGGCCGUGUGCGACUUCAAACAGAUGGAGAUCACCAUGCACAAGGGCGACGAGUGCGCGCUCAUCAAUAACUCACAGCCCUUCAAGUGGAAGGUCCUGAACCGCUCGGGGAACGAGGCCAUUGUGCCGUCCAUCUGCUUCCUCGUGCCGCCCCUCAACAAGGAGGCUGUCGAGAACGUGUCCAGUCUGGAGGCCGGUCACCAGCAGACUCUGGUUCUGUGGCAGACGCUUCACGCUGACCUCAGGAGUCUGCUGUCCUGGCAAUACCUGAUGAAAGACGUCCAACUCAUCCGCUCCUGGAACAUCACCAUGUUCAAGACGAUGAAGCCAGACGAGUACCAGCUGAUGCUGAGGAACCUCCAGCUGCACUAUCAGGACUUCCUCAAGGACAGACAGGACUCGAAGAUUUUCGAUGCCAGUGACAGCAUGCAGAUCGAGAGGGACUACAAGGAGACCGUACAGCAUUACGACAACCUGCUCCGCACCCUGGAGAAAGGACCAUGUCCAGCCAGGUCUUUUCUCUUCGCAGGCGAGCAGGAUGAAUCCGUAUGCAAGUCGUACAUCACCCAAAUCAAAAACCUGCGCCUGCAGAUCGAAGAGUGUGAGUCUCGUACGGUGGCCCGUAUCCGGCAACCUGUGGAUAAAGAUCCGCUCAGAGACUGCAUGCAGAAGACUGCUGAUCAGAGAAAAGUGCAAAUGGAGCUGGACGGAAUUAAGAAGAACCUGGACCGAGUGUCUCAGAAAGCUGAGGAGGUGCUGUCCUCUCCGGAGCAGUCCAGCACUCCAGUGCUGCGCUCAGAGCUGGACAUCACCCUGCAGAAGAUGGACCAAACCUACAACCUGUCCUCAGUCUACCUGGACAAACUUAAGACAAUAGAAGUUGUGAUCCGGAACACACAAGGGACAGAAGAUGUGGUGAAGAAAUAUGAGAAUCGCCUGCGUGAGGUUCACACGGUUCCUACAAACGUCCAGGAGGUGGACAACUACUGCUCUGAGCUCAAGCGAAUGCGUUCGGAUGCAGAAACCCAGCGGCCCGUGUUUGAUGACAUGGAGAGUGAGCUGGCCAAGGCCACGGCGGUCAGCCAGCGCAUGCUUCAGGUUCACAGCGAGCGGGAUGCCGAGCUGGAUCACUAUCGGCAUCUCCUGGGAAGCCUGCAGGACCGCUGGCGCGCCAUCUUCGCUCAGAUCGACCUGCGGCAGCGCGAGCUGGAGCAGCUGGGCCGGCAGCUGGGCUACUACAGGGAGAGCUACGACUGGCUCAUCCGCUGGAUCGCAGACGCCAAACAGCGGCAGGAGAAGAUCCAGGCCGUGCCCAUAAUCGACAGCAAGACGCUCAAAGAGCAACUGGCACAGGAGAAGAAACUGCUUGAAGAGAUUGAGAAAAACAAAGAGAAAGUUGAUGAGUGCCAGAAAUACGCCAAAGCUUACAUCGAUACCAUUAAAGACUAUGAACUUCAGUUGGUUGCCUACAAAGCGCAGGUCGAACCUCUGACUUCUCCUUUGAAGAAAACCAAGAUGGAGUCUGCCUCUGAUAACAUCAUUCAAGAGUAUGUCACUCUGAGAACUCGCUAUAGUGAAUUGAUGACGCUGACCAGUCAGUACAUCAAGUUCAUCACAGACACGCAGCGGCGCAUCGAGGAUGAGGAGAAAGCUGCUGAGAAACUAAAAGCAGAAGAGAGGAAAAAAAUGGCUGAGAUGCAGGCAGAGUUAGAGAAACAGAAGCAGCUAGCUGAAGCUCAUGCCAAGGCCAUUGCCAAAGCGGAGAAAGAGGCACAGGAGCUCAGGCUCAUGAUGCAAGAGGAGGUUAGCAAACGAGAGAUUGUUGCUGUGGAUGCUCAAAGGCAAAAACAGAACAUCCAGCUGGAGCUGCAUGAGCUCAAAAACCUCUCCGAACAACAGAUCAAAUCAAAGAGCCAACAAGUGGAGGAGGCUCUACUAUGCCGGUCCAAGAUAGAGGAAGAGAUCCGCAUCAUACGACUUCAGCUAGAAACUACAUUGAAGCAAAAGUCCACUGCAGAGGAUGAGCUCAGACAGCUUAGAGACAAGGCUGCAGAGGCGGAGAGACUUCGCAAAGCUGCUCAAGAAGAGGCUGAGAAACUUCGCAUGCAGGUUAAAGAGGAGACCCAGAAGAAGCGGAUGGCAGAGGAAGAGUUGAAGCUGAAGUCUGAAGCAGAGAAAGAGGCUGCUAGGCAGAAGCAGAGAGCCCUGGAUGACCUUGUGAAGCACAAGAUGCAGGCAGAGGAGGCAGAAAGACACAUGAAGCAGGCUGAGAUCGAGAAAGACAGACAAAUCAAGCUUGCUCAAGACGCAGCUCAGAAAAGUGCCGCUGUUGAGCUGCAGAGCAAGCGCAUGUCCUUCGUCGAGAAGACAUCCAAACUUGAGGAGUCGCUCCGAGAGAAGCACGGGACUGUCAUGCAACUGCAGGAGGAGGCAGAACGCCUCAAGAAGCAACAGGAAGAGGCAGACAAAGCAAGGGAGGAGGCUGAGAAAGAGCUUGAAAAGUGGAGACAAAAAGCCAAUGAAGCCCUUCGUCUAAGGCUCCAGGCAGAGGAAGAAGCCCACAAAAAGACUCUUGCACAGGAAGAUGCUGAAAAACAGAAAGACGAGGCUGAGCGUGAGGCCAAAAAACGGGCCAAAGCUGAAGAGUCUGCCCUGAAACAGAAAGACAUGGCCGAGCAUGAACUGGAGCGGCAGAGGAAGCUGGCAGAGAGCACAGCGCAACAGAAGCUCUCCGCAGAGCAGGAACUGAUCCGCUUGAGGGCUGAUUUUGAUCAUGCCGAGCAACAGAGAUCACUGCUCGACGAUGAACUGUACCGUCUUAAGAAUGAGGUUAGUGCUGCAGAGCAGCAGCGGAAGCAGCUGGAAGAUGAGCUUUCCAAAGUUAGAAGUGAAAUGGACAUACUUUUGCAGCUGAAGUCUAAAGCUGAAAAGGACAGCAUGUCCACCACCGAAAAGAGUAAACAACUCCUGGAAGCUGAAGCUGCUAAACUGAGGGAUCUUGCAGACGAAGCAGCCAAGCUCCGUGCCAUUGCUGAAGAGGCAAAGAGGCAGAGACAGGUGGCUGAGGAAGAAGCAGCGAGACAGAGAGCGGAAGCUGAGAGAAUUCUCAAAGAGAAACUUGCUGCCAUUAAUGAGGCCACUCGCUUGAAAACUGAAGCAGAGAUUGCUCUAAAAGAAAAAGAGGCCGAAAAUGAACGCCUGAGAAGGAAUGCCGAGGAUGAGGCUUACCAGAGAAAAGCUCUUGAAGAUCAGGCAAGCCAGCACAAGCAAGACAUUGAUCAGAAGAUCGAACAGCUCAAGAAGUCCUCUGAAGUGGAAUUAGACAGACAGAAAACAAUUGUGGAUGAAACUCUCAAACAGAAAAGAAUAGUUGAAGAGGAGAUUCGUAUCUUGAAAGUGAACUUUGAGAAGGCUUCAUCUGGCAAGCUUGAUUUGGAGCUUGAACUGAAUAAGCUGAAGAAUAUUGCAGACGAAACACAAAAAAGCAAACUGCGAGCUGAGGAGGAAGCCGAGAAGCUACGCAAGCUUGCCCUUGAGGAAGAAAGCAGAAGAAGGGAGGCUGAAGAAAAACUGAAAAAGAUUACUGCCGCAGAGCAGGAAGCCGCUCGACAGCGUCAGGCUGCCCAGGAAGAAGUGGAGCGUCUCAAAAAGAAAGCUGAUGAGGCCAGAAAGCAAAAAGAAGAUGCUGACAAAGAAGCUGAGAGGCAAAUAUUUGCUGCCCAAGAGGCUGCUGAGAAAGCAAUUACAGCUGAACAGCAAGUCCAAAGUGUUCUUUUUCAGCAGAAGGAGGACAGCCUGGUACAGAAAAGGCUCAAGGAGGAGUUUGAGAAAGCCAAAAAGCUUGCCCAAGAAGCAGAAAAGGCCAAAGACAAGGCAGAGAAAGAGGCUGCCCUCCUCCGCCAACAAGCAGAAGAUGCAGAGCGUCAGCGUCAGGCUGCUGAGGUUGAGGCAGCCAAUCAGGCCAAAGCCCAAGAAGCCGCUGAGAGGCUCAGAAAAGAGGCAGAGCUAGAGGCAGAAAAGCGUGCCCAGGCAGAGGCAGCAGCGCUGAAACAGAAACAGCUGGCUGAUGAGGAGAUGGCUAGGCACAAGACACUUGCAGAGCAAACACUUAAGCAGAAAUCUCAGGUUGAGCAAGAGCUUGCGAAAGUGAAACUGCGGUUGGAUGAGACCGACAAACAGAAGACUCUCCUGGAUGAGGAGCUUCAUCGCCUUAAGGACGAGGUCAGUGAUGCCGUUAAACAGAAAGCCCAGGUAGAGGAGGAACUGUUCAAAGUCAAGAUUCAAAUGGAGGAGCUUAUCAAACUCAAGCUCAGAAUUGAAGAGGAGAACCAGCGUCUCAUCCAGAAGGACAAAGAUAAUAGUCAAAAAUUCUUGGCUGAGGAGGCUAAGAACAUGAAAAAACUUGCAGAGGACGCUGCCAGGCUCAGCAUUGAGGCCCAGGAGACUGCUCGCCUGAGACAUAUUGCAGAGACUGACCUUGCCGAGCAAAGAGCACUUGCUGAAAAGAUGCUUAAAGAAAAGAUGCAAGCUAUUCAGGAGGCUUCUAAACUUAGAGCAGAGGCAGAAAUGCUACAGAGACAGAAAGACCUUGCUCAAGAGCAAGCUCAAAAGCUGCUUGAAGACAAACAACUGAUGCAGCAACGGCUUGAGGAGGAAACUGAGGGCUUCCAAAAAUCAUUGGAGGCUGAGCGCAAAAGACAGUUGGAGAUAACAGCUGAGGCAGAGAAGCUUAGACUUCAGGUGUCCCAGCUCAGUCAUGCCCAGUCUAGAGCUGAGGAGGAAGCCAAGAAAUUCAAGAAACAGGCAAAUGAGAUUAGUGCCCGACUUCAUGAGACCGAGCUUGCCACCAAAGAGAAAAUGACAAUUGUUGAAACAUUGGAAAUACAGAGAUUGGGCAGUAACAAAGAAGCAGAUGACUUGCGCAAAGCCAUUGCUGAUCUUGAAAAAGAGAAGGCAAAAUUGAAAAAAGAGGCUGAAGAGUUACAGAAAAAGUCCAAAGAGACCGCAAAUGCUCAGCAAGAACAAAUUAAACAGGAGAAAACAAUUCUCCAGCAGACAUUUAUGUCAGAAAAGGAGAUGCUGCUGAAGAAGGAGAAACAAAUUGAGGAUGAAAAGAAGAGGUUAGAGAGCCAAUUUGAAGAAGAGGUCAAAAAGUCAAAAGCCCUUAAGGAUGAGCAGGAACGUCAAAGAAAACAAAUGGAGGAUGAGAAGAUUAAACUGAAGGCCACUAUGGAUGCUGCUCUGAUAAAACAGAAAGAGGCUGAACAAGAGAUGCUCAUCAAGCAGAAAGAGAUGCAUGAACUUGAGAGGAAAAGGCUUGAACAAGAAAGGGUUCUUGCUGAAGAAAACCAGAAACUACGUGAGAAACUUCAGCAGCUUGAGGUUGCUCAAAAAAUCACUCAAGAGAUUCACAUCCAGACAGAAUGCAAAAAAGUCCUCAAUGGUCAAAGUAUUUCUGAUGAAGUUGACAGCACACAUGGCUUCUCUCCAUUAUCCUUCAAUGGCAUUCGUGAGAAGGUCCCUGCAAGUAGACUUUUUGAAAUAGGACUUUUAAGCAAAAUGGAUUAUGAUAAGCUCCAGAGCGGUGGCACCACAGUCGAAGAACUCAGCAAGACAGACAAACUUAAAACAGUUCUCCAGGGCAAGAACUGCAUUGGUGGGCUGCUUGUGCAUCCAAAUCAAAAAAUGCCCAUCUAUCAAGCCAUCAAGGAGAAGAAGAUUGCUCCUGGGACGGGGCUAGUGCUUCUGGAGGCACAGGCUGCUUCUGGAUACAUAAUAGACCCAGUUAAAAACAAGAAACUCUCUGUCAAUGAAGCAGUUAAAGAGAGUCUAAUUGGACCUGAACUUCACAACAAGAUGCUGUCUGCGGAGAAAGCUGUCACUGGCUACAAGGAUCCAUACACAGAGGCAAAGAUCUCCCUCUUUGAAGCUAUGAAGAAGGGUCUCAUUGGGGAGGAUCAUGCCAUCAGGUUGCUUGAGGCUCAGAUAGCAACAGGUGGCAUUAUUGAUCCAGUCAAUAGUCAUCGUGUGCCCAAUGAAAUAGCUUAUAAGCAGGGUCAGUUUGAUGCAGCCACCAGUAAAAUCCUACAAAAUCCAACAGAUGAUGUCAAGGGAUUCUAUGAUCCAAACACCCAAGAAAAUCUGAUGUACCAACAACUACUAGAAAGGUGCGUCACUGAUCAAGGAACAGGACUUCUUCUUUUGCCCAUUUCUGAGGAGGCUUCUCAAAAUGCCAGGAUAUUCACAGAUGAGGAAACAAGAGAUGUGUUUGACAAGACAACUGUGUCUGUGCCAUUCGGCCGUUUUAAAGGAAAGACUGUGACCAUAUGGGAGAUUAUAAACUCUGAGUACUUCACUGAAGACCAGAAAAAAGAUCUUAUACGCCAGUACAAAACGGGAAAAAUUACAGUUGAAAAGAUCAUCAAAAUUGUCCUAACUGUGGCAGAGGAAAAAGAGAAAAAGAAUGAGCUUGCCUUUGAUGGCCUGAGAGCACCUGUACCUGCAACAAAACUUCUUGAAUCAAAAGUUAUUGACAAAGACCUCUAUAACAAGUUGCAGAAAGGACAGCUGCUGGUAAAAGACGUGUCUGAGAUGGAGCAUGUGCGCAAUGCCUUGAAGGGCACUAACUGCAUUGCUGGAGUAAUUAUUGACUCAAACAAACAAACAAUGUCGUUUUAUGAUGCCAUGAAAAGAGACAUGAUGAGACCUGGGCCUGCUCUUAAUCUCUUGGAAGCACAAGCUGCCACGGGAUAUGUCAUAGAUCCUGUUAAAAACCAAAAACUUACAGUAGAUGAGGCUGUCAAAGCAGGUGCUGUCGGUCCAGAACUUCAUGAAAAACUACUGUCUGCAGAGAGAGCUGUCACAGGCUAUAAAGAUCCUUACACUGGAAAAACAAUUUCUCUGUUUGAGGCUAUGAAGAAAGAACUGAUCAUGAAGGAACAAGGAAUUCGACUGCUAGACGCACAACUGGCAACCGGAGGCAUCAUUGAUCCUGUUCAAAGUCACCGUAUUCCACAUGACAUUGCCUGCACAAAGGGCUGCUUUGAUGAUGCAACCCAGAAGUUUUUGAGCAGCCCAAGUGAUGAAGUUAAGGGAUACUUUGACCCAAACACUCAGGAAUAUCUCACGUAUCCACAGCUUUAUAAACGAUGUGUCACUGACAAAAAGACUGGCCUUCAGCUUCUGCCUUUGUCUGAACAAGCUAUCAAUGCCAAAGAGGAGAUUAAAUACACUGAUGCCCAGACCAAAGACGCAAUGACUCAGGCAACUGUUGAACUUCAGAGUGGACCGUUCAAAGGGAGAAAAGUUACCUUAUGGGAGCUCAUUUACUCUGAUUAUAUCACUGAAGAGCAAAGGCUUGACCUAAUAAGGCAAUACAGAUCUGGGAAAAUGACAAUUGAGAAGAUUAUAAAGGUUUUAAUUGAAAUUGUUACUAAAAAAGAUGCCAAGAAACAAGAAGAGGGCUGCUUUAAGGGACUUAGGGCACCAGUUCCAGCCAAGUCAUUGUUUGACUCCAAAAUCAUUGAUAAGUCUACCUAUGAUUUGCUGGAACAAGGUAAAAAGACUCCAAAAGAGGUCAGCAAAAACACUUCAGUCAACAAGUAUCUCCAAGGCUCUGAGAGCAUUGCCGGAGUUUACCUUGAGCCUACAAAAGAGAAAGUUAGCAUCUACCAAGCAAUGAAAAGGAAAUUCCUCAGACAGAACACAGGUAUUGCCUUGCUUGAAGCUCAAGCUGCCACAGGAUUCAUCGUGGAUCCAUCAAGAAAUGAAUGUCUCACUGUGGAUGAUGCUGUUAAAGCAGGUCUUGUUGGCCCAGAGCUUCAUGAGAAACUUCUCUCUGCUGAAAAAGCUGUCACUGGAUAUAAAGACCCAUUCACAGGCAAUAAGAUCUCCCUAUAUCAAGCCAUGGACAAAGACCUCAUCCCCAAAGAACAUGCCAUGCCUCUCUUGGAGGCGCAACUGGCAUCUGUUGGAAUUAUUGAUCCAGUAAACAGUCAUCGUAUUCCUGUUGAGACUGCAAUCCAGCGUGGAUAUGUUACCAAACAGCUGGCCAGCAGCAUUGCUGAAAGCAAGUACUUCUCUGACCCUGCAUCUGAUGAAAAUGUAUCAUACAAACAGUUGAAAGACAAGUGCAUGGCAGAUCCUGAUACAGGCUUACAUCUACUAAAGCUCUCCAAACCACAGGCCCCAACGGUUGUGGAGAAGACAUACCUUUACAGUGAAGAACAAACCCAGAGUGAUCUAUCCAAUACCCAGAUUGACCUACCCAUUGAAGGUCAGGGCUCUAUGUCUCUCUGGGAUGUCAUGAAUUCAAAUCUACUACCUGAAGAUCAGAGGGCUCGGCUUCUAGAAGAAUAUCGUUCUGGCAAUAUAACAAAAGAACGAAUGAUUAUCAUUAUAAUUGAGAUUCUGGAGCAGAGAGAAAUCAUUAAAGGGGGGAGCACCCAGACCGGCAGCACAAGAAGACGUCAAAUCACUAUUGAAGAUCUCUACAAUGCCCGUAUCAUCGACCUUGAGACUUACAACCUGCUGAAGAAAGAGAAUAAGACUAUGCGGGAUGUCAUGGAGAUGCAAAGUGUUAAGCAGUAUUUGUAUGGAACUGGCAGUGUUGCUGGUGUGGUGACUGAUUCAAAUUCCAAGAUGAGCAUUUAUCAGGCAAUGAAGAGAGAGCUGAUGAAGCCAGACAUUGCAGUGGCCCUCUUGGAGGCUCAAGCAGCCUCUGGAUUCAUUAUUGAUCCUGUCAGGAAUGAAAUGCUCACUGUAGACGAAGCAGUGCGUAAAGGCGUGGUGGGCCCAGAACUUCAUGAUAAGCUCCUGUCUGCAGAAAGAGCAGUCACUGGCUAUAAGGACCCAUAUAGUGGAAAGGUGAUCUCCCUCUUCCAAGCAAUGAAAAAGGACCUUGUCCCAGAGGACUAUGCCCUAAGGCUUCUUGAAGCUCAAACAGCAACAGGCGGCAUCGUUGAUCCAGAAUAUAACUUCCACUUGCCAUCAGAGAUUGCCACACAACGUGGAUAUAUUAACAAAGAGACAAACGAAAAGCUCUCCGAUGAGGUUAAAGGAUACAUCGACCCAUUGACUGAUGAAAAUGUUUCAUAUUCUCAGCUUCUGAAAAGAUGCAAGCUAGACAAAGAUGGGCAAUAUCUGUUGUCUCUAGGAGACAAAAGACUGCUCUUCAAAGGUCUCAGAAAAGAAAUAACAAUCGAAGAGUUAUUCCGCUCAAAAAUCAUCGAUGAACAAACAGUCAGCAAGCUUAAUGAGGGACUACUAACGGUGGAGGAAGUGAGCGAUAGCUUGCGAAAAUAUCUUGAGGGCUCAAGCUGUAUUGCUGGCGUGUUUGUGGAGUCUACUAAAGACCGACUAUCUAUCUACCAAGCCAUGAAAAAGAAUAUGAUCAGGCCAGGCACUGCUUUCGAGUUGCUGGAAGCUCAAGCAUCCACAGGUUAUAUCAUUGACCCUAUCAAGAACCUCAAGUUAACUGUAAAUGAAUCAGUCAAGAUGGGAAUCGUCGGUCCAGAGUUCAAAGACAAGCUCCUGUCUGCUGAGAGGGCUGUAACUGGAUAUAAAGAUCCUUAUACAGGCAAAAUGAUCUCACUGUUCCAGGCUAUGAAAAAGGGUCUGAUUUUGAGAGACCACGGAAUUCGUCUUCUCGAGGCCCAGAUUGCUACUGGAGGAAUCAUUGACCCAGAGCAGAGUCACCGACUGCCAGUUGAAGUGGCCUACAACCGAGGCUUUUUUGAUGAGGAGAUGAACGAGAUCCUCAGUGACCCAUCGGAUGACACCAAGGGCUUCUUUGACCCAAACACCGAGGAGAACCUUACCUACCUGCAACUGAUGGACAGGUGUAUUGUCGACCCGGACACAGGUCUUGUGCUCUUGCUUCUUAAAGAAAAGAAACGUGAGACAAAGAGUUCUUCCAAAUCCUCUGUUCGCAAACGCAGAGUCGUCAUUGUUGAUCCUGACUCGGGCAAAGAGAUGUCUGUGUAUGAAGCCUACCGCAAAGGACUAAUUGACCAUCAGACUUACAUUGAACUUUCAGAGCAAGAGUGCGAAUGGGAAGAAAUCACAAUAACAUCCUCAGAAGGGGUAGAAAAGUCUAUACUCAUUGACCGAAGAUCAGGUCGACAGUAUGACAUUGAUGAUGCUAUUGCAAGAGGUCUUAUCGACCAGAGUGCAAUUGAGCAGUACCGCGCUGGCACCCUUUCUAUCACAGAAUUUGCUGAUAUGCUAUCUGGAAACAUGAGUGGCUUCCGUUCCCGCUCCUCUUCCUUUGGUUCCACCUCCUCUUAUCCAAUGAGCCCCAUACCUUCCAUCAAAACCCCUGCAACUGUAUGGAAUGAUCCAACCGAGGAGACCGGUCCUGUGGCUGGAAUCCUUGAUACAGAUAGCCUAGAAAAAGUUUCCAUCACUGAAGCCAUGCGUAGGAACUUAGUGGAUUCUAUAACUGGCCAGAGAAUGUUGGAGGCACAGGCUUGCACUGGUGGCAUAAUAGACCCAUCUACUGGAGAGAAAUUCUCAGUUACCGAAGCCACAGAGAAGGGUCUUAUAGACAAGAUAAUGGUUGACAGACUCAACUUGGCUCAGAAAGCUUUCCAUGGGUUUGAGGAUCCUCGCACUAAAGUCAGAAUGUCUGCUGCUCAGGCUCUCAAGAAAGGCUGGCUUUACUAUGAGGCAGGGCAACGUUUCUUGGAAGUGCAGUAUCUCACUGGUGGCCUUAUUGAGCCAGAGGUUGAGGGACGAAUCUCCCUAGAGGAGGCAAUCAGGAAAGGUGCUAUUGAUGGCCGUACAGCACAAAAGCUCAGAGAUGUGAGUGCUUACACAAAAUACCUUACGUGCCCCAAAACCAAACUGAAGAUCUCCUACAAAGAUGCCAUGGACAGAAGCAUGGUUGAGGAGGGAUCUGGCCUUAGACUUCUGGAAGCUUCAUCAGUAUCCAGUAAAGGUCUCUACAGUCCUUACAAUGUCAGUGGUGCUGCAUCUGCUUCUGGUUCUCGGUCUGGAUCCAGGACAGGCUCUAGGUCAGGUUCAAGAAGAGGCAGCUUUGAUGCUACUGGCUCUGGAUUCAGCAUGAACUUCUCCUCAUCCUCAUAUACGUCCUCUGGUUACAGCCGCAGAUUUUAAAGCCGGACCUCACAACAAACCUACCACAUGGUCCUGCAGCUUUCAUCAUCAAUGCUGACUCUAUACACUACAGUUACAUAAGACACAGAAAUUAACUCAAGAAAAAAAUAAUCACUUUAUUCUGCUUUGCAUGUGUUUGGUAUAGGAAAAUGCAUUCCAAAAACUACCAUUAUCUUUUUGUCUGGCGAUGGUUAAGUUCCCAUUUUAUGUAUUUUGGAUGCCUAAGAACUAUUGCCUGUUUAGCUUUAAUCAUAGUUGCCUAAUUUAGGUUUAUUUCAGUUCAUAUAGAUUUUGCAUAUUUUGAAAGUGAUAUUUUUUUUUUCUUAUUUUAUACUACAGCAUCUAAAAUCAGGAAAAGUUCAAAUACAGCAAAUUACAUUUUGGAGAUUAUUUUAUUUUAUUUUUUUCUUAAAUCAAACUCUGAUUAGACUGUAUUUAAUAUUACUUACUAUUACAUUUCUACAUGUUAUUUUAGGGAAUUCUUUUUAUACUUAGGUUUAUUUAAGCGUAAUGUACCAGAAAAAAAUACCAAGUUUUACAAAAAAAGUAAUUAGAUUAACAAAGAGUGUGGUUAUUUUUACAUAUUUGUAUAGAUUUGAUAGAUGGAUAUAUUAGAGGAUGCUAGCCAUCAUAUCAAAUAAAAGUUGACGCUGGUUUCACAGAAUGUAAAAAAAACACUACACCUAUACAUAAACACUAAAGGAGGAGCAAGCACUUUGUACAACAAGCCAAUUUUAAUGUCCCCUAAAACUGGAUGUUAUUUUUGUUAAGAAAGUCCAUUUUUCAUUUACUGGAUCCAGUCCGUCUCCAAAGUCCUUUUCAAAACUCCUGACUACUCUAUAAAGGAGUCCUCAAGGCCCAGAUUUACUGUCAGUCCUCCACUGAUGUGAUAUCCAUUGAAGAUUUCAGAUGACUCAGGUGUCUGAUCCAUUCCUCACUCAUAACAUCUGGGCAGAUCUGGAUGAAAUGUAGUACUUAGAUCAUCGGUUACUAGAUAUGGACAACCUGAUGAUGCCUCGCAUUUGGUCUUGGAUCUGGAGAUGAAUGAUGCUCAUCAGCAGCCCACAUUCUUAGACAUUCAGAGCCUCACUGAGGGUUUCCUCCUUCCAUUGCAUCUGCCAUUUGCAUGAAGACACUAGGGCUACCUUGAAGUUUGCCUUGGAUAUCAUAUCAAGAACUGACACUUUAGUGGACUGCUCCUGUUUUCAUCAGCUGGGAGCUGGACUUUGGAGUUUACACAAAAUCAUUCAAAACAACAAAAGAAUUGGAUCCAUUAAAUUGAUCUUAAUGUGGACUUUUAUGUAGAAUCUCAGAGUUCUAUUGCCUACAUUGUUUCUAGCCCCAAUAUGAAUUUUUAAAUAAAACACUCAAUGCAUUAGAUACAGUAUGCAAACCAUUGUAUUGCAUUACACAUUUACAUAAUACAAUUAAAUACUGAUUACAACUUUGACUGAAUGUAUUUAGGCUCAUUUAGCGUACGGCAAUUUCAUUUUUCAUUUUUACAUUUAAUGUGCCAAAAAACAAACAAACACGUUUUGGUCAUUUGUUGCCUCCCAUGUAUUUCUUUGCUUGUUUUUAUAUUAAUUGUACUUGACUUGACUUGACUUUUUUCUUUCUUUUCUUUUUUUGUUCUUUUUUGAUGUUGUAUAUGUAAAAACAUUUUUUUUUUUUUUUGCAUGUUUUACUAACUUGCUAUAAAGCGUUCUAAAAAGAUGAAGAAUAGAUUUUUGAAUUUACACCAAUAUAUGGAAGAUUAUAUGAGUAAAAGAUGUAUGAAAUACUAACUGGUGGAUGAACUUUUUCCUUAAGAGAUAGUGGUAAUAAAGAGUGAGUUAAUAACACUAUACUCAAGUGUAAAUAAAUAUUAUUUUGGAAAGAUCA